UGGAGGUUGGGUUGAGAAGAAUGAGGAAGAAGGGAGUGAGGAAUGAAAGUUGAAAGUAGCCUCUGAAAGUGAAACCCUAACAAAUGGCUUCGUCGGAGAUCGAGGUGGUAUCAACGUCGGUCUCCAAACCCACCGACCAACCUCCGAUCCUCGACGUCUUCACCGCCUCUGCUCACGGCGACUUCCACAAAUUGCGAACCUUCGUCGAACGCCACGCUGCCUCCGUUUCCGUUCCCGAUGUUAGCGGCUACUACGCUCUUCAAUGGGCCUCGCUCAACAACUUCCACGACAUUGCGCACUAUCUCAUUCAGCAUGGUGCGGAUGUGAAUGCUAAGGACAGCAUGCAGCAAACGGCGUUGCAUUGGGCGGCGGUUCGCGGUUCAACUGCUGCUGCUGAUGUGCUCCUGGAGAAUGGUGCUCGGGUUGAAGCUGCUGACGUGAAUGGAUACCGGGCAGUUCAUGUUGCUGCACAGUAUGGACAGACAGCUUUUCUAAAUCACAUAGUAGUAAAGUACCAUGCUGAUUUUGAUGUGCCUGAUAAUGAUGGAAGGAGUCCUCUUCAUUGGGCUGCAUAUAAGGGAUUUGCCGACACAAUAAGAUUGCUCCUAUUUAGAGAUGCAAGUCAAGGAAGGCAAGAUAAAGAUGGUUGUACACCAUUGCACUGGGCUGCUUUAAGAGGAAAUGCAGAGGCAUGCGCUGUGCUUGUACAUGCAGGCACAAAGGAAGAAUUGUCAGUGAAGGACAAUGCUGGACACACUCCUGUACAGCUUGCAUAUGAUAAAGGUCAUCGGCAUGUCGCUCCUUUCCUUUCAAAUCAACAACGGGCUCAUAACAACUACUGGAGAGGGAAACUUUGUUGUGGGAUGGUGACAGAUAUUGGUUAUGCUCCCAUCUUAUUGUGUAUUAUAAUCUUUCUCACAAUCCUCUUCGUCAACUGUGUUGUUGCAGCUCCUAACCUUAAAAAGAUUACUGCCAUUGUUGGACUUUGGUCGUGGACAGCACUUUCUCUGGUAUUUGGUGCCCUUAUUAUGUUCUAUAGGUGUAGUAGUAAAGAUCCAGGUUAUAUAAAACGGCCAGGAGACUUGGGCACUCAAAGUGAUACUGAGGAUCCUUUAUUGAAUAUUGAUCUGAAUAGUUCCUCUGUUUGGAUGGGAAACUGGUCUCAACUUUGCCCUACCUGCAAGAUAAUAAGGCCUGUCCGAUCUAAGCAUUGCCCUACUUGUAAGCGAUGUGUGGAACAGUUCGACCACCAUUGUCCAUGGAUUUCUAACUGUGUUGGGAAGAGGAACAAAAGAGAUUUCUUUAUUUUUAUCUGCCUGGGAACUUUGACUUCUACCCUUUCUGCUGCCAUUGCAAUUCAAAGAAUUUGCACAUCCACACCAUCAUUACUGGCAGGAGAAACAUGGAUCCAUUAUGUGCUAGUAAGACAUCAAGGUGUAAUUGUGUUUUUGGUGGUGGACGCUGUUGUCUUCAUUGCGGCUACAACAUUAACGAUAACACAGGCUUCCAUGAUUGCUCGAAAUGUGACCACAAAUGAACUAGCAAAUUCCUCUCGUUAUGAUUAUCUUCGUGGUCCUGAUGGGCGGUUCAGAAACCCAUAUAACCACGGUUGUUGGAAGAAUUGUGCUGACUUCCUUUUUCUGGGCUAUACAAAUGAUGAUAAUAUUACUUGGCCUCCACUACAGCAGGUUGCAACUUAGAACAUUCUGCCAUGCCGUGUUCAUGCAUCCUUUGUUAUAUUAUCACCUAGUUCUAAAUGGUAGAUAUGUAGAUGAUAGUCAUUUACAGCUUGGCUGUUCAUUCACUGACACAUGUACAUUUUAUUACAGAGCACAAAGAAAUAAAACAUUUUUCUUUUGGGCCACCAGAAAAUACAAAUUAUUUGUUGAUACACUCAUUCUGACAGUUGUGCAAUUGUUUGGUGGGAUAUCCAUUACUUUUUAAGGAA